AUGAAGGUCAUCCUCACUGGAAGUACUGGCACGGUCGGCGGUGGUGUCCUCCGCCGCUGUCUGGCCCACCCGUCCAUCACAGAAGUUGUAGCUCUCACACGCCGGCCGAUGGAGAUCAAGGAUGCAAAACUUCAAAAUGUCAUCCACAAGGACUUUUCAAAGUAUGACGGCGACGUGAUCCAGCAGCUGAAGGGAGCAGUGGCUUGCAUAUGGGCACUCGGCUCACCGACAUCCGGCAAGGAGGUCCAUGUGGACUACACACAAACCGCCAUCAAGAUGCUCUUACAAUCAGUCGUUCCCGAAGAGCCUACGGGCAGGCCAUUCCGCUUCGUAUAUACCAGCGGUGGCUUGGUCCCAUAUCUCGACAGCAACCUACUGUUCUUCCUUGGGGAGAUCCGGAAAGUUCGCGUGCGUACCCGAUACUCCAUCUCUGCAGCCAAUUCACCUGACACUCAACAGGGCAAACUAGACCAAGAAGUUCUCGAUACCGAGACACAAAAUCCCGGCAGAUGGGAGUCAUUCGUCGCACGGCCAUGGCAUGUAGUCGACGAACCACCGAGGAUACGUUUCUUAGUUUCGAACUCGUGGAUCUACAAGGACGAACUGGGGGCUGCAAUGGUGGAUGCGGCCCUCAAUGGGGGAGGAGAGCGGAUCAUGGACAACGCUCCAAUGCGUGAGAGGGGUCAGAAGGCGAUGGAGACGAUUGAGAAGGGAAAGCUUUAG